AUGAAUAAGUUCUAUAAGUUCCUCGGAUCAAACAAAAGCGGAGAGUUUAUCCAUGGCACCCUGCUCGGUUACGCAAUUUACUUCCCAUACAACUCAUUGAUUAAUCACACAUACUUUUUUUCCUUAGGUGCUUUUCUAAUACCUUAUUUUAUCAGUAUAUUGGCCGCCGGCCUACCCGUAUUCUUGUUGGAGGUGACCGUUGGCCAAGUGACAGCCCAGGGUGGUAUCGCAGCAUGGAACAUAUGUCCCCUAUUUCGAGGUAUCGGAUUUGCCAGUAUGGUGACCAAUUUUUGUCUGGACUGUUACUACAACGUGAUAUUGGCCUGGGCAAUCUACUACUUGUUCUCAUCAUUCACAUCAACUCUGCCGUGGGCAGAAUGUGGACAUUGGUGGAAUCAACCACAGUGCCAGAACGGUUCCAACGUAACCAAUGGAACGGUUCCCACUGACCCUGCGGCCGAAUUCUGGGAAAAUCGGGUGCUGGGAUUGUCAAAAGGCAUUGAACAUUUGGGAACAGUUCGUUGGGAAUUGGCACUGUGUUUGCUGUUGGCCUGGAUUAUCGUAUUCCUGUGCAUCUUUAAAGGAAUCAAAACCUCCGGAAAAGUCAUGUAUGUCACGGCAACCAGUCCCUACAUUUUUAUGUUUAUCCUUUUGAUUCGUGCUGUGACAUUGGAAGGUGCAGUGGAUGGAUUGCGCUAUUACAUAUUCCCAAACUGGAGUAAAUUAGCCGACAUGUGGGCAGAUGCUGGUGCACAGAUCUUUUUCAGUUACUCCAUCAGUCUUGGAACACUAACCGCUCUGGGAAGUUACAAUCCCGAUUGUGUCGCUUAUGCCACCGUGAACACGCUUACCAGUCUUCUGGCCGGCUUGGUUAUAUUUGCCACUCUGGGACACAUGGCUCUGUUGGCCAAUGUGUCUAUCGACCAGGUGGCUGAGUCCGGGCCAGGAUUGGCAUUUGUCAUUUACCCGAAAGCACUCGGGUUGAUGAAAGGCAGUCCAUUCUGGUCGGUGUGCUUCUUUCUCAUGAUUUUGCUAUUGGGAAUCGAUAGCCAGUUUGCAGGCGUCGAAGGAUUUAUCACUUCGGUCACCGAUUUCUACCCGAAACUGGUUCAUCAAACCAAGCUUCGAAUAAUUUUUGUCGCAUCGGUUUGUUUGGCCUGUUACCUGGUCGGUUUGUCUAUGAUCACUGAGGUAAGUCAUCCAAUGGAAUACUGCACCUUUUUUCCAUUUGAUCCUAUUAUUAUCCUCCCUAAUUUUAUUUUGCAUACACAAAGGAUGGGAUUCCACUCACUCACUCAAUCACUCGCUCACUCACGAAACCGAGUCGAAAAAUGUUUUGCAAAGUGCCGAGCAAUGGUCAUUAGUUCCAUAUUCAACUCCAAUUUAGAGUAA